CUUUAAAUGGACUUGACGGACCUGUCUUUCAGUUCGUGUCUUCAGAGUUGACAGAAAGAUGUCUGCAGAAGGAGAAAGCGACACUUUGUGCUUCUUUAUCAACGGGAAAAAGGUGACAGUGGAGCAUGUGGACCCUGAGACGAUGCUGCUGUCCUUCCUCAGGGAGAACAUGAGGUUAACCGGGACCAAGUCUGGCUGCGGCGGAGGAGGCUGCGGGGCGUGCACGGUCAUGGUGUCGCGCUACCAACCUGCCACCAAAACCAUCGGCCACUUCUCGGCCACCGCCUGCCUGCUGCCGCUGUGUCAGCUCCACGGAGCCGCCGUCACCACGGUGGAGGGCAUCGGCAGCACCAAGACCAGGAUCCACCCCGUGCAGGAGCGCAUCGCCAAGGCUCACGGUUCUCAGUGCGGCUUCUGCACGCCGGGCAUGGUGAUGUCUGUUUACGCCCUGCUGAGGAACAAACCGCAGCCCAGCAUGGACGACAUCAUGCAGGCGCUGGCUGGUAACAUGUGCCGCUGCACCGGGUAUCGACCCAUCGUGGACGGCUGCAGGACCUUCUGUCAGGAAUCCAACUGCUGCCAGGCCAAUGGUGAUGGAAACUGCUGCCUGAAUGGGGAGAAAGACUCGGAUAAACCUGAACCUGAAGAACCUCAGCUCUUCAACAAAGAGGAUUUUCUGCCUCUGGAUCCCACUCAGGAGCUGAUCUUCCCUCCGGAGCUGAUCCUGAUGGCGGAGGCGGCGGCGGCGCCGCAGACGCUGUGGUUUCGCGGAGAGAGGGUGAAGUGGGUGUCUCCCGCCUCGCUGGAGGAGCUGGUGCAGCUGAAGAGCCGACACCCCGAGGCCCCGCUGGUGAUGGGAAACACCAACGUCGGUCCCGACAUGAAGUUCAAAGGCGUCCGACACCCGCUGCUGAUCUCCCCUGCCAGGGUCAGGGAGCUGUUCCAGGUCUCGGAGACGCCGCAGGGCGUCUGGGUGGGAGCCGGCUGCAGCCUCGCCGAGGUCCAGCGGCUGCUGGAGUCGCUGGUUCCUCGCUUCCCCGAGGAGAAGACCGAGGUGUUCAGAGCCCUGAGGCAGCAGCUGGGGAACCUGGGAAGCCAGCAGAUCCGAAACGUGGCUUCUCUCGGAGGAAACGUUGCGAGUGCGUACCCAAACUCAGACCUGAACCCUGUCCUGGCAGCCGGAACGUGCCGAGUCAGCGUCAUCUCCACCGGAGGACGUCGAGAGAUUCCCCUGGAUCAGGACUUCUUUGUUGGGUUUGGAAAAACUGUCCUGAAGCCAGAGGACAUCGUCUUGGCUGUUUUCAUCCCAUUUUCCAGAAAGGGGGAGUUUGUGCGAGCUUUCCGUCAGGCGCCCAGGAAGGAGGCCUCCUUCGCCACCGUGACCACGGGCAUGAGGGUGGCCUUCUCCGAGGGGUCCAAUGUGGUUCAGGACGUCAGUCUGUACUACGGAGGGAUGGGACCGACCACCGUGAGCGCCCCCAAGACGUGCGCCGCCAUCACGGGGAGACCGUGGGACGAUGAGACCCUCAGCCGCGCCUACGACGUCCUGCUGGACGAACUGGUCCUCCCGCCGUCGGCUCCCGGCGGGAAGGUGGAGUUCCGCCGCUCUCUCACUCUCAGCCUGCUCUUCAAGUUCAACCUGGAGGUCCUGCUCAAGCUCAGAGAGAUGAACUUGAUCUCAGAAGCGCUCCCGAAGAUGGAGCCGUUACCCAGAGACAUCCACCCCGGCGUGCAGCAGUUCCAGGCCGUUUCAAAAGACCAGAGCGAGCAGGACCCGGUGGGCCGUCCCUUCAUGCACCGCUCCGCCAUCAGCCAUGCCACCGGCGAGGCCAUGUACUGCGACGACCUCCCCAAGGUGGACGGCGAGCUCUUCAUGGUGCUGGUCACCAGCUCCCGAGCGCACGCCAAGAUCACCGGCGUGGACGUGAGCGCGGCGCUGCAGCUGCCCGGCGUGGUGGACGUCAUCACCGCUAAGGACAUCCCGGGGAAGAAAGUCCGCUCGAUGAUGGGAUACGACGAGGAGCUGCUCGCCCAGGAUGAGGUAUCGUGCGUUGGUCAGAUGGUGUGUGCGGUGCUCGCCGACACGAGGACGCACGCCAAGCGAGGAGCGGCGGCGGUGAAGAUCACCUACGAAGACCUGCCCGACCCCAUUUUCACCAUCAAGGACGCCGUGGAGAAGUCGUCCUUCUUUGAGCCUCAGAGGCUGAUCGAACGAGGGAACGUGAGCGAAGCUUUUAAAGAAGCGGAUCAGGUUUAUGAAGGAGAGUUGCGGCUGGGCGGGCAGGAGCAUUUCUACAUGGAGACGCAGAGCAUGCUGGUCGUUCCCGUCGGCGAGGAGAUGGAGUUCAACGUCUACAUCUCCUCUCAGUGGCCGACCCUCACUCAGGAUGCGGUGGCGGAGACGUUGGGCGUCCCGUCCAACAGAGUGAUCUGUCACGUCAAGAGGAUGGGAGGCGCCUUCGGAGGGAAGGUCACCAAGACUGCCAUCUUGGCUUGUAUCACCUCUGUGGCUGCAUCGAAGAGCGGUCGAGCCGUCCGCUGUGUCCUGGAGCGAGGCGACGACAUGCUGAUCACCGGAGGGCGACACCCGGUGGAGGCAAAAUACAAGGUGGGUUUCAUGAACGACGGGCGGAUCGUGGCUGCAGACCUGCAGUAUUUCUCCAACAGUGGAAACUCGAUUGACGAGUCUGUUCUGGUCAUUGAGAAGAUUUUGCUCCACAUGGAUAGCGUCUACAACAUCCCCAACCUGCGGGGCCGCGGCGCCGCCUGCAGGACCAACCUGCCGUCCAACACGGCCUUCAGGGGCUUCGGCGUGCCGCAGAGUCUGCUGGUGGUGGAGAACAUGCUGAACGACGUGGCGAUGCUGCUGGGCCGCCCCACCGACCAGAUCCGGGAGAUGAACAUGUACAGAGGGCCGUCGAUCACCCACUACAAGUACCAGUUCAGCCCCGACAACAUGCACCGCUGCUGGGAAGAGUGUAAGCUGAGGAGCGAGUACGACGCCCGGCGCAGCGCCAUAGAGCAGUUCAACCUGCAGCACCAGUGGAAGAAGAGGGGCAUGUCCAUCGUCCCCAUCAAAUACGGGAUCGCCUUCGGAGAGGGCUUCUUGAACCAGGCUGCAGCUCUGAUCCACAUCUACAAAGACGGCUCGGUUCUGGUCACUCAUGGAGGCACGGAGAUGGGUCAGGGAAUCCACACCAAGGUGCAGCAGGUGGCGAGUCGGGAGCUUCACAUCCCGCCCUCAAAGAUCUACAUCAGUGAAACCAGCACCGCCACCGUGCCCAACACCUCACCCUCCGCGGCGUCCUUCGGCACCGAUGCCAACGGCAUGGCGGUCAAGAUCGCCUGUGAGAUUCUGUACAAACGACUGGAGCCCAUCAGGCAGAAGGACCCCAAAGGAUCAUGGGAGAGCUGGAUCACUGCAGCUUAUUUUGAGAAGAUCAAUCUGUCAGCCACUGGACACUACAGAGGUCACGACCUUUACAUGGACUGGGAGAAGAUGGAGGGUCAGCCGUACGCCUACUACACCUACGGAGUGGCGUGCAGCGAGGUGGAGCUGGACUGCCUUACGGGAGACUACAGGACGGUGAGGACCGACGUGGUGGUGGACAUGGGACGCAGCGUGAACCCGUCUGUGGACAUCGGACAGAUCGAGGGAGCCUUCAUGCAGGGUUUGGGUCUCUUCACCAUGGAGGAGCUCAAGUUUUCCCCCUCGGGGCUCCUGUACACUCGAGGUCCGUCUCAGUAUAAAAUCCCGGCGGUGUGCGACGUGCCGCUCCAGUUCAACGUCUACCUGCUGCCGGACAGCGACAAUCCCCACGCCAUCUACUCCUCCAAGGGCAUCGGAGAGCCCAUCCUCUUCCUGGGCAGCUCCGCCUUCUUCGCCAUCAAAGACGCCGUGGCCGCCGCCCGCUCGCAGUCGGGGCUCGUCGGCCCGUUUCCUCUCGACAGCCCCGCCACUCCUGAGAGAUCCUGUCUGGCCUGCGCCUCCAAGUUCACUCAGAAGAUCCCUGUGAACAGUCCGGGAUCUUUCAAACCGUGGGCCUUAAACAUCUGAGAGCCGCCGUGAAGCGACCGGUCGCUGCACUCACUUCACUCAUCAUCUCAGAGAGCCAGUCAGCUGGAACUCACUCAAAUACUUACUGAAUAUCUCACACUGUGUGCCUUUUGUCGAUUAACUCGCCAAACACUGACGCUGUUCGCUCACUGAUCUUCUCCUGUCAGACCUCUGCUGUCUCACUCUGUGUCCAGUAACUUUCAACUCUGAAACAAUCACAUCGCUGCUUUUACACCAAAUUAUAGUGUUAAUAAUAAAGCUAAUUGUUUAAAAAAAAAAAAAAAAACUCUCUGGGAUGGAUGGAUUGUAUUCAAACUCAUUGUUUCCAGUAGUUCUGCAAGACUCCAGGAACAAA